AUGGACGGUAGAGGUGGAUGUUGCAUAGCAAGAUAUGGCGGAUACGGUGGUCGCUACGGUCUCUCCAAAGCUGAUCGAAUCAUGCUUCGAUUCCGUCCGAUCGCUCCUAAACCGGCCAGCGACAGCGGAGGUAGUUCUCCCGUCGCUGCAAAGUAUGGCUCCACCACGACGAGCGGUGGAAGUUCCGAUGCUUCCGUUAAAUCCGGGAGAGGAAAGAGAAAGUAUCAGAAAGAGACAUCUGGUGGUAACUCCAGGAGAUGCAAUAGGAGGAAGAGAUCGGAAACUUCUGACGACGGCGUUGCUGCUGCUACGGACGUGGUGACGUUGUCUCUUUUACCAGAGACGCCUGAUAAACGAGUUUUUCCAGAUCUGAAUGUUUCUCCGGUGGAGAAGCAGCCGAAGCGGAACGGUCCGUUGUGGCUGAGUUUCAGCGGCGGCGAAGGUGGGAUGCCAAUGCCGUACAAGAAGGCGGAGAUUUCACGAAGGACGGUGGUGGUUUCGUCGUGUGUGACGGUUGAGCGUGUGACCGACGCUUGGAUCGACGGUUAUGGAUUGGGGAAGACGGAUGAUGAGAGGAAGAUGAAUCUGAUGAGGGACACGUGUCCUGGGUUUGUAUCGGACGGUGUAGGGAGAGUGACGUGGACCAAUGAAGCGUAUAGGAAGAUGGCUAAGGAGGAUAUUGAUAUUCGGAUGGAGGAAAGUGCACCGGAGAAUGAUUUUCACGUGAUGGUACGGUUAGUGAUGAAGGAGAGGCCGAUGCUAACGUACCCGGCGUUCACAUGCAGAGUGAGACUACAGUACACGUGUCAGGAUCGUGAAAGAGGUUCCGUCACGGUGCCUUGCGACGUGUGGAGAAUGAACGGAGGAGGUUUUGCGUGGAGGCUUGACGUUAAGGCCGCUUUGUGCCUGUGA